AUGCACAAGUCUCACCAAGCCAGAGGACCCGCAAAAGGCUAUAUUGAAGCGCUCGAACAUCGUCUGCAUGAGACGGAGCAUGUGCUGUUGAAAUUGCUGGCUCAGAUGACCGACGAGCAGUUGUCGGUUGCUGUAGAACGCGACCAGUCACUCAGCCAGCCGAGGUAUCCACCCUUUCUGCGUUUCGGGAAGAACGAUGCGCAAUAUUGGAGACGAUACCCAUUGCGCACGGCUCGUGAGCUCCGUGAGUGGCAGCAAGAUUGUUUGAACAUUGAGAAGCUUAGUUCUGCAGAAACUGGAGUGGAUGGCCCUCCUAGGACCUCGCCGUCGAGACGCACCGAAUUUUCUGGGCAAUCGGAAGUCGAAGCUGACGAAAACAGUUCGGUUGCAUAUGAAAGUCAGCAAAUAGAGCAACUAUCUGUACCUAAUUUCGAACAGGUUACAAGCACACCCGAAGUUGGUGUGGCACGAGAAUCCGCUCCAGUGAUCCACGGUAAUGGCAUGAAUCAAUGGGUCGCACGGAAGAAUGGCUACGACUCACCCAACGAGUUGAAAAGAUCACCAACAGCAAUGGGCUUUAUCUAUGUACCAUCCUCGUUGGAGCGUACCCAGUUAGAGGAUACGCAGCCCUUACACGCCAGUACUCCCCCCGGACCAAGCCUUUGGAGUGAAGCGCCCUCGGUAACUUUCCAGCGACAAUUCCUCUGGUAG